AUGCCGGCGAAGAAACGAACGGGUGUUUCGGAAGCGGAACGGGCGGAGGCCGCACGGCAGGCGGAAUUGCGACGCCUCGCGGAAGAACAGGAACGACUGCGUAAACUCGAAAGUGAGGCUCGACAACGGCUUGAAGAAGAAUGGACUCGAUCUAUGGAUGCCCAUCGUCAACGACAAAUGGAUAUUCAACGUGCCAUUACAGAACGUGAACUUCGAUUAUCAUUUGAAGUACGUGAACAGGAAUUCCGUGAUGGACUCGAACGGCGUGAAUGUGAAGUGCGGGAACUGCGGGCGAAAUUAAAUGGAUUACAACAGGGUGUGAACACCAUUCAACAGGAACGUGAUUCCGCCCUAAGACGACUAGCGAUGGUGAAUAAUGAACUGGAACUUGCACAGAUGAAGCAGGUGGAGAUGGAAACAUUAAUGGAUGAGAAGGACCGUGAGGCCCGGGCUCGAUUGCGGCAAGUCGAACAACAACGAGAUGAGUCUGUAGAGACACAACAUCAAUUAAAAGUGGAUUUGGAAUGUUUAAAGCGAUCUUAUGAGGAAACUGAACAACAACUUACUUCACUGCAAGCAACCUUUGCAGGAUCUCCGGAUACGCAACUCGUCAGUGUACAUCCACAGAGUACAGAUGCUGAGACUGCACUAUUACUGAAGGUAUUAAAUGAAGAAGUGGAGAAACACCGUGAGACGGCACGUUUAUUACAAGCAGAACUUGAACGUAAAGGUCGAGAUGAUGAAAAGGGCAGUGUUCUCAUUAGCCUUUUAAACUCACAGUUGGAAGCUGCACGAGAUGAGUGUAAGCGAUUACAUAAUACCGCUACAGAUCGACGGAAUCAAUUGGAAGCCGUACAGGCAUUACUGGACAGUGAACGGGAGAAAACCAAAUCUCUUUAUCAUGAUUUGGAUUUAGCACAUGCAGAGUCUACAGUGGAAAGACGACAACUCACACUUGAGAUUGGAGUUCAUACCGCACAAGUGGAGGAACUCACAAAAACACUCGCCUCUGUUAAUACGGAAUUGGCAGAAGUAAAGGAACAACUGGAUUCCCUCCGUACAAAGUCUAUGGAACGUGAACAGUAUGAUUUUCAAGUAAAUGUUGCCCUUAAAGGAGAAGUGGAACAAUUGAAAAAAGAUUUGGCAAAGACUACAGAAGAAUUACGUGUGGCUGGAGAUGAGGCCUAUACAACGAAGGCACUCCUACGAGCGGAGAUUGAAAGUCUAAAGACGCGUUUACGUAAAUUACAAGAAAGUUCUGAGAAGAAUGAACGAGAAUCCUUUGAAACCAUAGCGGUAUUACGAGCCACUACAGAAAGAUUGCAAGAAGAAAAGAAAACACUUCAGCAAACAACAGAAGAAAAUUCUCGCAAGAUGCGAGAUGAACUCAUGUCUGUAUGUGCCGCCCGUGAUGGAUUUCGAACUCAAGCAGAAGAAUUAAAGAAAGAAAAGGAAAAACUGGAGAAGGAUCUUAUGGAGAAACUUCUUCGCAUGACUGCUAAUCAUGAUCAUUUACAUGAGGAACUUCAACGAGUAACGGUAAAGUAUGCUGGUCGAGAAAAGGAAUUUGUGGAAAAUUCUAUUUUCCUUAACGCCGAGAAGGAAACCUUAAAGGCGAAAGUAGAAGAUCUUACCGAGAAACUUUCCCAACGAGGCCGAGAACAUGUUCAACAUGUACAAGAGAUCAGUAAUGAAUUGAUGGAAUUAAAAACCAAAGCAGAGAAACAAUUAAAAACUCUUCAGAAAUCACAUGAUGCGGAGACCAAACGUGCAGAGGAUGCUGAAAAUGAAGUUCAAUCGCUUAAACAUAAUGUAGCGGAUCUUGAGAAACAAUUAACGAUGAGACGCCGUGAACGAGAUGAGAUGGAAAAGGCGUUGAAAUGUGAAGCCCGUGAACUUCGUUUGGAAUUAAAUGCGGCAAAACGAACAAUUGAAAGGUUUGAAUGUGCAUUGGGAGAUUCUUCUUAUAAAUCACUUCGUGAGGCGAAUGAUGAACUUCGACGGGAUUUACAACAACAACGAGAAAAGGUAGUUUUACUAAAUGAUACCAUUGCCUCUAUGAAGGUGGAGUCUAAUAUCAUGGAAAGUUAUAAAGAAAAGAUGUUGGCAGAUCAAAAUGAACAAUAUGCACGUCGUAUUCAACAACAAGAAAAGAUGCGACAAUUGAUGAAUCCACUCUUUUAUGAACUUCGAUCUAUUGUAGAAAAGAAUGGACUCGCAGGACCUUUACGACGAGAUCUCGACGCUUAUGAUGAUUACAUUCGCCGCUCACGACCACCCGCACCUCCAGAGAAACGCAGUGGCCUCAAUCGCGCCAAUGCAGAUAAAAUACAAAACGCACCAGCCGCCGUAGCAGAAACACAAAGCCCCGCAGCAGCAGCAGCAGCAGCCGCAGCCGUAUUAGUUGGAACCAAUAAAACUGAUGUAAAGAGUUCUCACUCGGCUACAGAGGAUGGCUACCCAACACUACCGGCAGUUCAAGGUGCAAACACUACAGGAAAUAGUGGAGUGGAUUCCGUGCGGUUUUUACCACAGAAACCUGCUACCGUGCAACCGCAAGCACACACACCGAACUUACUCCCAAAUAUAUAUUGA